GAUUGAAGAUUAUGCUUUGAACUUUCUUCUUCCCCUGUUCUUUCUCUUUCCGAUACAAACUCAGAGAGUCUCAGAUCUAAAAUCGAGAAAAUCACACUCAUAAUCUCAAUUCAGCAAAAGAAGAAGAAGCGGCGGAAAUGUCGAGCGAUAGCGACGAAGAUGCUCUCAUCUUGAAAGCGCUGCAGGAGCAAGAAAAGCGCGAUGUUAACUACGGCAAACCCUCCUCCAAUUCCCGUAAGCCCGUCGCCAAUUACGUCCAGGCUCCUAAGCGCGGCGGAGCUCCGGCUUCCGCCAAGCAGGCGCAGAGCAAAGGUCGUGUGGCCGAGGACGAUGAUGACUCCGAAGUCGAGAUGCUCAGCAUAUCCAGCGGCGAAGAGGACAACGCCAGAGCUCCAGCUGCCGCUGCCAAGGGUCGCGGAAGGCCGGGAGCUCGGGACAACGAACGCGUUUGGGACGGCGAAGAGCCUAGUUGCUGGAAGCACGUCAAUGAAGCUGACCUUGCUCGCAGGGUUCGAGCGAUGAGGGAAUCAAGGAUAGCACCAGUGGCUCAGAAAUACGAGAAUAAAGCCACUGCGGCAGGAGGUCCUAGAAAGGGGCUCAAUUACACGCAGUCUUUUCCUCGUGGCAUGGAAUGUGUCGAUCCACUGGGUUUGGGGAUCAUAGACAACAGAACACUAAGGUUGAUCACCGAGUAUUCAGAGAGUUCUCACAAUGUUGACAAUGAAGAGCAGGAUCCCAACCUUCGAGAGAAAUUGCUUUAUUUUUCCGAGAACUUCGAUCCAAAGCUGUUCUUAUCACGAGUACAUGCUAAAACAAAAACUGAAGAUCUGGUAGCUGGUGCACGUGCUUUGAAAGCUGAUUUCCAAAGUCGUACCGAGCAGAAAAAGCAGCUGGUUAAGGAUAACUUUGACUGCUUUGUCUCUUGCAAAACCACAAUUGAUGAUAUUGAAUCAAAGUUAAGAAGAAUUGAGGAUGAUCCUGAAGGAUCUGGGACCUCCCAUUUGCAUAGUAUUAUUCAAGGAGUUAAUUUGCAAGCUAAUCGUGCUUUGAAGCCUUUGUUUGAGAGACAAGCUCAAGCCGAAAAAAUUAGGACUGUCCAAGGAAUGCUGCAGAGAUUCCGAACCCUUUUCAACUUACCAAGUACUAUCCGUGGUAGCAUUAGCAAGGGGGAAUUUGAUUUGGCAGUCAGGGAGUACAAGAAGGCCAAGUCAAUUGCUCUUCCUUCUCAUAUUCAGGUGGGGAUCCUAAAACGUGUUCUCGAAGAAGUUGAAAAAGUGAUGAAUGAGUUCAAGGCAAUGCUUUUCAAAUCUAUGGAAGAUCCGGAAAUAGAUCUAACAAGUCUUGAGAAUACUGUGAGGUUGCUGUUGGAUUUGGAACCAGAGUCUGAUCCAGUCUGGCAUUAUUUGAAUAUACAGAAUCAGAGAAUCCGAGGUUUGCUUGAGAAGUGUACCUCAGAUCAUGAGGUCAGAAUGGAACAUCUGAAGAAGGAAUUGCAUGAAAGGGCUCUUUCUGAUGCUAGGUGGAGGAAGAUUCAAGAUGAAUUGGGUGAAUCUUCAGAUAUCAACAGCUCUCCUAUUGUUGGUAAUACCCAAUCUCAUCUGGUAGAUCUAACUGGUGAAGAGGUUGAUGCUCUAAGAGGAAAGUAUAUCCGUAGAUUAACUGCUGUAAUCAUCCGCCACAUACCAGCCUUCUGGAAGGUUGCACUCUCUGUUUUCAGUGGAAAAUUUGCUAAGUCUUCACAAGUUCCAACAGAUUCAAAUACCAACAGUUCUGCUAAUAGAGUUGAAGAAAAAGCUGGAGACACAAAAUACUCAAGUCAUUCUAUGGAUGAAGUUGCUGCAAUGAUAUGCAGCACAAUUUCGGUUUAUGGAGACAAGGUUAUUACCAUCUUUAGUGAUCUAGAGGAAUCAAAUGUCCUCCAGUCCUACAUGAGUGAUGCCAUAGAAGAUAUAUCUAAAGCAUGUGUAGCUUUUGAAAUGAAGGAAGCUGCUCCUCAGAUUGCUGUUGGUGCUCUGCGAUCACUGCAAUCAGAGAUUACAAAGAUUUAUGUUCUGAGGCUUUGCUCUUGGACGCGAGCAUCAGUUGAAGAGAUCUCAAAGAAUGUGACAUGGGUUAUUGUUUCUAUUCUUGAACGGAACAAAUCACCUUACGCAAUCUCAUACUUGCCUUUAACAUUCCGUUCAAUUAUAGCUUCAGCGUUGGAUCAGAUAAAUACGAUGCUUCUGUCCUUGAGGAACGAGGCAACAAAGUCAGAGGAUACAUUUAUACAACUUCAGGAAAUUCAAGAAUCUGUCAGAUUGGCAUUUUUAAACUGCUUCCUUGAUUUUGCUGGUAAUUUAGAGCGUAUUGGAAUUGAGAUUGGCCAAAAUAGAUCAGACAUAGAAGGUUCCCAGUUAACAAACGGAUAUUCCCAUGAACUAGAACAAAAUGCAGCUGAUGGUGUUACCGAUCCACAUCAACAAUUAUUGAUUGUUCUAAGUAAUAUUGGAUAUUGCAAAGAUGAACUUUCGUAUGAAUUGUAUGAGAAAUAUAAACAUAUCUGGCAGCAUUCCAGAGGGAAGGAUGAGGCAAACGGUGAUGAUGUACAAGAUCUUAUGAUUUGUUUCUCAGGACUUGAAGAGAAGGUCCUUGAACAAUAUACUUUUGCAAAGGCAAACUUGAUCAGGUCUGCUGCCAUGAAUUAUCUGUUGAACUCUGGCAUUAAUUGGGGAGCUGCACCUGCAGUUAAAGGCGUUCGUGAUGCUGCAGUGGAGUUAUUGCACACAUUGGUAGCUGUGCAUGCAGAGGUUUUUGCUGGUGCUAAACCCCUGUUGGAUAGAACACUUGGCAUCCUUGUGGAAGGUUUGAUUGAUACAUUCAUCAGCAUUUUUCAUGAAAACGAAGAUAAGGAUCUCGGAGCACUUGAUGCAAAUGGAUUUUGUCAGCUCAUGCUUGAGCUUGACUACUUUGAGUCCAUAUUAAACCCAUAUUUUACGUCUGAUGCAAGAGAUUCUUUGAGGUCGCUACAAGGUUUGCUUUUAGAGAAAGCCACCGAGAGUGCGUCUGAUGUUGAUAAUCCAGGGCAUACUCGUCGGCCCACUCGGGGAAGUGAAGAUGCAGUUGCAGACGAUAAACCACAAGGAACAAAUGUAUCACCAGAUGAACUCAUUGCUCUUGCGCAGCAAUGUAGCUCUGAGUUUCUUCAACCAGAGCUUGAGCGGACACGCAUUAACACAGCAUGCUUUCAAUAAUCCAUCCCUUUGGACUCGGUGCCGGAACCAGCAAAAGCUGCCUUCAAGAGCUCGAUGGAUUCUCCUAGCAGAGCCUACAUGGGUAGCCAUAAUACUGGAUCCCCGAGUUUCUCGCGGCAUAGAUAGACAUUGAUGAACAUAUAUUAGAACCCAUAUUCUUUUGUUUGUUUGCCUAUUGUAUUCAGUGUGUAACUUUGUUCAUAUGGUUAAUGAGAAAUUGCAUUUUUUUCCA